CUUUGUUCUCAACAGUCUCUCUCUACAAGCCAAAGAAAAAAAAAAAGUCCCCCUUUUUCUCUCUCUCUCUCUCCCCUUUCGCUAGGAAACGGCGUUCUAGGGUUUCUCGAAAAAUCGCAGUCAAAUUCUGCUCAUCUCCCGACGAAUCAAUCCUUAAACCUUAUCUAAUCCUCUUAUCCAGAUCCUUCUCAAUCUUCCGAUACUGUUUUUUUCGCUUGCCGCUUAAGAUCGAGCUCAAAUCUCGCAUCGCUUUUUUUGCCCUUUAUCUGGUCGGAUCUCUCCAGGGACUGUUCACGUGCGGAUAGAUCUGACCCGUAUUAAUUGCUCUAGUACGUUGUGAAGAGUAUAAUAGUGGGUACGUUACGUACGUAUAAUUAUGGACGUUAUCAUCAUCACUAAGGCAUAAAAUCUCUUUCAAGCACAUCAAUGAGACCCUCCAUUAACAUCAACUCGAUAUCCGUAGAUCUCGCAGGCGCUGCCAACGAGACUGACAUGGAAAAUUGUAAUCACUUCUCCAUGCGUUCAUUCGUAGCUGAAACCCGUCAGAAAGAGUAUAGAAAAUGUUGGCCGUUUGAUGAGGAAAGUCUUCGUUUGGUGAACCAAAACUAUUAUCUCCCUUCUUUAUCUGGUCCAAAGUUCAAAUGGUGGCGUUGUACGCCCUGUGUCAGAGAUAUAAAUGCUGAUGAGACACAAGAUUAUGAACUGCCUUCAAGCUCAAGAACCAUUGGCGAGAGAGAGCUCGGUGAAAGCUCUUCUGCUAUCCCUACUCAGAGCCAACUGAAUUCACAAACUGUCAUCGAUCAGGAGAGAGAAAGGAGAGCUGCUAUUAAAGGUAAAGCUAUUGUGCAGAAUGAGGAUGUUAACUGUGAGAGAUCUCAGAAGAAUUAUCAGCCAGUUGCAGCUACUGGGAUUGUCAUCAGGACGUCUCCUCCUCGACCUACGGAUGUAUCUACUGUUAGGAGCAAGAGCAGAAAGGUGGCGAGUCCAGAGCAAGUAAGCAACAAGAAGCUGAAAGAAAAAGUAAACAAACCAUCAAUGGAUGUUAGCAGCAGGAAAGAGAAGCAAAAUGUGGAUCAGGCUGUGACAACUUUCGAGUCAUCUGAGAUAGCUGGCGUGGUUGAGGAUGCGCCGUCUAAGGCAACCAAGAACCGUAGAGGAAGUCGUGUUCCAAUGGAAAGCGAUAACGUGUCAUCAGAAGGUGUAAGUGAGUUGCAGCGUAGGAAAACUCGCAAGGUUCGUCGAAUGGACGACUUGCUUGCUGACGAUGAGACCAAGAUUAUUGAUCUUAUCAGAGCCAAAGAUUCUUCUUCGAAAAUGGAGUCUGGUAGGGGUAGGAAAAGAAAGCUGUUACCUGAAAACAAUUAUGUCAGGCGGGAAUUAAGCACAGUCGGCGCAACUUCUGAGAAUGCAUCCAAAAGCUGUGAAGACGCUGGUCAAGGUGAUACUGAAUUAACUGAAGAAGAAGAUCCUAUCAGGGGUAAGAAGAAGAACAGAAGAUUUCAGGUCGUUGACGAGCUCUUACCAACGCUUCCUUGUGAAACUUCACAAGAGGGGAUCCGUGACGCUGAUGCAGGUCCUAGUAAGAGUGCUUUACCAACUCCUGUGCAGUCUUUAACCAAGGAGAAAGAUUCUCAGAGACCAGAGAAGAAGCUCGCUUCGUCCAAGAAGAAGAACAACAAGCCAGCAAUAGAUAACGGGAAGAGUACCCCCAUCGGUUCUAAUUCUGGAGGAAAUCAAGUUAAACCGCGAACCGGUCCUUCCAUAAACGCAAGUUCUCAAUCUACUCGAGAUUCAUUGAAUGAGAAAAGUGUGGGCGGUUCGUUUGAAGAGCGUUUGGCCUCAGAAGGAUAUGUCAGAAAAUCUGUCCCUCAGCUUAAGGAGAAGCCGGACCUUUCCUUGCGUUUGCAAAGCAGUGGUCAUGUGAGGUCAAAAGAAGCAGAAGCAAACUAUCGUCAAGAGAUUGCAGGUCCAUCUUGUGAGCUGCAAAUGGAUGGUUCUGUAAAGGAGAUCACGACUGAUCAAGAGCGAAACUUUCCCAGGGAGGUACUCGAGCUGCUGGCCAAAAACCAGUACGAGAGGACUCUUCCGGACAAAGAAGAUGACGUCAGAAACAAGCAGCCACAAGAAACGGCACCACCCAAAUCCAAUGGUCUUCUGAUUGAUCUCAACGAAACCUACGAUAACGGCAACUCACUUGAGGACAAUGUCAACAACACAUCAAGACCACCACAACCUAGUGAGAGCAAUGCAAGGAAGGAAGAACGUUUCCCGAUUGGGAACCAACAGCAGAGAUCUAUUGGCUUUGCCCCAGUAAGUCAGCCCUUCGUGCCUUCUCCGUUUGCGAGACGUCCUCCUCCCCAACCAAACCGUCCUAGCUCCAUCCGGUUUACUGGUCACAACUCUCAGUGGCAUGGGAAUCUUCCUACGAUGGCUCCUAAUCCGGUCCCAACUCCGUCUUCAUACCGGGUGCUACGGCCGUGCAACACAUGCCAGAGCAUUCCUCCGUACAGAGAAACAGCAGCAGCUCCUCAGCCUGUCUGGCCAUCUUCUAUGAUGCCACCGCAACACAGGCCUGUAUCUUUCAACGUGCAGCAGCAACCAUAUUUUGGUAUGCAUCCACAGAACUUAAACUUCAAUGGGAUGCAGAGAUGUGGGUACACUCCAGAUUUAUCAUUUGGCUGCAAACAUGCUGCUGCUGCUGCUUCUGGGGCUUCUAGGGCUAAUAGCAGCAGAACAAUGGACGCCUUUGCUAGUGAUAGCUCUAUGCCGGCAAUGGAGUUACUCAGCCAUAUGGAUCCUCGGGUGAGACCAAACACUCCCGCUGGCCACCACGGGAACACUAACUUCACUAGGAGACAUUUUCCUCCGGUUAACCAGUUUCAAACAGGGGAGUCUAGCAGGUCAGCCUACCAAACCAAGCAGUUACCUUUUGAUCCCUACGGAAACAGAGUCGCACCACCAGAGCCUAUACGCACGACUUUCCCCAUCGUUCGACCGCCGCCUUCGUUUUCGAUUCACAAUGCAGAGCCUUCAUGGAGUCAACAACAUCAAGUGAAUAGAUCCAUGAGAACAGACACAGUCGCGCCGGUUUACGGUAGUCUUGAAAACCAGGUGUUUCCUAGGAGAAACGAGCAAGGGAGGAUCCAGCUUCUCGGAGCAUCAGGUUCCUUGAUUCUCCCAUUGAAGUCUCACAUGGCGGAGAAAGAGAAGGAACUGAAGAGAAAAGCAGAGAGCAGCAGUAAUGCCUCUACGAGGCCUCUGAAGAUCAGUUCUGGAUCCAUGGAGUGCAGCUUAAACAGAAACCCUGCUGAUUUCACCACUCUUGAUGAGCCUGGGAAUGUUUACAUGUUGACGGGUGAAAUGUUGACGGGUGAGAACUCUCAGGCUCGAAAACGCGCACCUUACAAGAAGAAAACAAGCUUGGCUAAGAAGCAAGGUGGUCCUUCUACAGAAAAUGGCUAAUGAUAGAGAACUUGAGGGGGAUUUGUGCAGAUACUGGGCGAUUAACAGAGGAAGCGAAGAGGGAUACAAAAGAGACAUCAUUUCUAUUGAAAUCAAGAAUAACUCAGACAGGAAACAAUAAAGUGAAUCCUCCUCCAGUUCUUGGAUUUUUUUACUUCAUAGACAUUUCUUUAUUACAUUACUACCCUUUGAACAACAAAAACUACAUUAACUGCCCCUGUUAGGCCUUGUAUGUUUUUCGUUUUUUGGGAUACCUUUUAGCUGCGUUUUAUUUUAUACAGAUUUAUAAAUUUU